GAAGUUGUAUGUGUUGCUAUGGCAGCUUGAUGCUGAUGACUGUGUGAUGACAGGAGGAGCUGAGAGCCGAGGAGGCAGCAGGUGAAUCACUUCACAGCUUCUACUGUUUCUCACCGUCCCACCUGUUCAACAGUAGAUAAACUGACGGAUACUGUGAGCGGAGAUGUUCCUCCGUCUGUGACCGGUUCUGCUUUCCAAACAGAACUAAUCAGAGAGGACUAAAGAGACGGAACACCGCCGGCGGAGCCUGGAUUUAGCAGGUCAGUUGUUGUGAGAGGAGGAACCUCAGAGUUGCAGCCAUGUUGUCGGCGGAGGAGAUUCUGUGCAACACGCAGCAGGUGAUCGCCGGGCUGGAGGCGCUGAGAGGAGAGAACCGCGGUCUGCUGGAGAACCUGCAGGAGGCGAUGGAGAGCCGGCCGGCGCCGGAGAGCGGCAGCGUUGAGCAGGAGAAGAGUGGCAUCAUCCGCCAAUCACUGGAGAGGAUAGAGCUGGGGCUGAGCGAGGCACAGGUGAUGAUGGCGUUGUCGGCUCACCUGGGUUCACUGGAGGCAGAGAAACAGAAGCUGCGUGCUCAGGUGCGUCGUCUCUGUCAGGAGAACCAGUGGUUGAGGGACGAGCUGGCAGGUGCUCAGCAGCGACUGCAGGACAAGGAGCAGGAGGUGGUCACCCUGGAGGAGCAGAACAGACACCUGCAGUUCAUGUCCUCCAUACGCAAAUACGACCUGGAGGAGCCGCAGCUGGACGACAAAGACACGUCUUCCACCAAAGAGUCUCUGGAUGACCUCUUUCCUACCGAAGAUGAGGAACAGUCGCAGAUGUCCCAGCCUCACCACAGCAGCGCUGCAGCCGCAGCCCAGCAGGGCGGCUACGAGAUUCCCGCUCGCCUUCGAACACUCCACAACCUGGUCAUCCAGUACGCAUCACAGGGUCGCUACGAGGUCGCUGUACCGCUCUGCAAACAGGCUUUGGAAGACCUGGAGAAGUCCUCAGGACACACCCACCCAGACGUAGCCACCAUGCUGAAUAUUCUGGCGCUGGUAUACAGAGAUCAGAACAAAUACAAAGAAGCAGCCAACCUGCUGAACGACGCGUUGGAGAUCAGAGAGAAAACUCUGGGAAUCGACCAUCCGGCUGUGGCGGCGACGCUCAACAACCUGGCAGUGCUUUAUGGGAAAAGAGGAAAAUACAAGGAAGCAGAGCCGCUGUGUAAAAGAGCUCUGGAGAUCCGAGAGAAGGUUCUGGGUACAGACCACCCAGAUGUGGCCAAGCAGCUGAACAACCUGGCUCUGCUGUGUCAGAACCAGGGGAAGUACCAGGAGGUGGAGAAGUACUACGAACGCGCUCUGCACAUCUACCAGAGCAAACUGGGACCAGACGACGCCAACGUGGCCAAGACCAAGAACAACCUGGCAUCCUGCUAUCUUAAGCAGGGGAAAUACAGACAAGCUGAAGCUCUUUACAAAGAGAUCCUGACCAGAGCACAUGAAAAGGAGUUUGGAUCUGUAGAAGGCGAUGGUCGUCCCAGCUGGUCCGGUGCCGAGGACAGCGGCUCCGGACAGGACGGGCUCAGUAGCCUGAAGCGCAGCGGCUCUUUCACCAAACUCAGAGAGUCGAUACGUCGAAGCAGCGAGAAACUGGUCCGCAAGCUGAGAGGAGUUGGAAUGGAGGAAACUACCCCGAGGAAUGCUGGAAUGAAGAGGGCAAACUCUCUGAAUGUGUUGAAUGUUGGAGCCAGAGAGAAUCUGGACAGCGCACAGUCGAGCCGUUUGACGGAUGUUCGAGGUCUAAGCUCCAGCACGCAGAGCCUGACGAGACGAGGUUCACUCAGUGGUACCAGCUAACACUCACCUUCUUCACACAACACCUCCCCACAGAUUCACUGGAAAGACGUUCACACACUUAUCGCUCAUAUCUGAUGUCCGACACGAAAGUGGACUCCCCACUUUGAGAAAAACGGAGAUAGUUGUCACAACUGGAAACAAUGUCAAAAAUCUAAUUUGCAAAUUUGUUAACAAUCCCUCAUUUAGAAGUAAUAACAAAUUAAUAUUUGAGGAAGUUUCACAGUGAGCUUAAUAGUAUGAUGUUUAUCUCUGGUCAUGACAAGUGUGUCCAAAAAGUGAUUAGCACAGUGGGGUCACACACCGACUAAUCUACGUUGCACUAUAACCUUUCCUUCCUGUUCACUUGAAAUUGAAUAUCAUUCCCUCCUGGUUUUAGUUUAGAAACAAACUCAGUUAACUAUUAACUUUAAAAUUAAAGAAAAAAAAUCAUGCUACUUUUAAACCCGACCAUGUCAUUUGCAGGUUAACAAAUGUUAAUAAUCUGUAAUGCAAUUAAUUUUACGUUUGACGUAUUAGGCGUUUCCUAAUGCUAGUGUGCCCUUUUAGUACUCUUCUUUUAUCGACACUGGAAAAAAAAACGUUAUUUAUGUUUUCUAAAGAGAAACAGGCAUAUUGAUGCGGAUUAUCUUUUUAUAGAAGCACAUGGACGUCAAGUUGUUUGCACAAUGAUCAAAACGUUUGUCAAAAUAUAAAUGUUACAUUUGGUUUAAGACGGAGAAGUUAAGCUAAAGAAGUUAUUUAAAUGUGUUUUGCCUUUACAAUGCGCAGGUCAAUCUAAUUAUACUGUCAAAGAUAAUCAGAAAAUGUGUUUACUUCA